UGUUUCCAUCGAAACUUCUCCGCCUCUAGGUGGACACAUUUUCUCUCUUAAUUCCGGUUUUUUUCUUCUUAAAAAGGGCAAAUAAGAGUAAAAGGAUGGCGCAAAUAUGCGAGACGACCAACUGCGGCAAGGAGGCCACUCUCCAGUGUCCAACCUGCUUAAAGUUGGGUAUAAAGACCUCGUUCUUCUGUUCGCAACCGUGCUUUAAAGGCUUCUGGAAAACGCAUAAAGUUAUUCAUGCCUUGGCAGGUGGCGCCCAGUCCGCUGCCUCCGAUGGGGCCUACAACCCAUGGCCACACUUUCGCUUUAGCGGCAAGUUGCGCCCGUUUCCACAUACUCCCAAGCGGGCUGUUCCGGAUGCAAUCCAACGCCCAGAUUAUGCCGACCACCCGGCCGGUCGCUCGCUCUCUGAGGAGGCGCUGCGUGGCACCAGCAUUAAAGUUCUGGACGACGAGGAGAUCGAAGCCAUGCGUGUUGCCGGUCGAUUAGGCAGAGAGUGCCUGGAUGAGGGAGCCAGGGCCGUGGAGGUGGGCAUCACCACCGAUGAAUUGGAUCGUCUGGUCCAUGAGGCAGCCAUCGAACGCGAGUGCUAUCCAUCGCCGCUCAACUACUACAAUUUCCCCAAGUCCUGCUGCACCUCGGUAAACGAGGUAAUCUGCCAUGGUAUUCCCGACCAGAGGCCUUUGCAGGAUGGGGACAUCUGCAACAUCGACGUGACUGUGUACCAUCGCGGUUUCCACGGAGAUCUUAACGAGACUAUGUUCGUGGGAAACGUGUCUGAGAAGCACAAGAAGUUGGUCCAGGUCACCCACGAGGCCCUCAGCAAGGCCAUUGAGUUUGUGCGUCCAGGCGAGAAGUACCGCGACAUCGGCAACGUUAUCCAAAAGUAUGUCUCUCCGCAUGGGUUCAGUGUGGUUCGCAGCUACUGCGGCCAUGGUAUUCACCGUGUCUUCCAUACAGCUCCCAAUGUGCCUCAUUAUGCCAAAAACUCUGCUGUCGGGGUGAUGGCGCCGGGCCACUGCUUUACCAUUGAGCCCAUGAUCUCUGUUGGCGUUCAGAAGGCCGAGACUUGGCCGGAUGAUUGGACUGCGGUCACUGCCGACGGUUUAUACUCAGCCCAGUUCGAACAGACACUGUUGGUGACUGAUAAUGGCUGCGAGAUUCUGACUCGUCGCCGCGAGAAGGAUGGACAGCCAUGGUUUAUGGAUAAAAUGUGAACGAUCACUGCCAAUUUGGGUUAACAUAUACAUAGAUACUAGGGCUUUAACUCAGAUAUCUGGUUGCAUGAAGCUUUAAUUUGUAAUUUUACAAUAAAUCUACAGUUUAUUCCCGA